AUGCGGUCGACCUCGCGCCCGGUGCUGGAGUUGCCCUCCGUCGACGCCGCCAAGACGUGGAUCAACUCGGACGAGUACCGCGCGAUCAAACCGAUACGGACGGACAAUUCCACCGGCCCGGUCGCGAUGUUCGCCGCCAACAUGCUCCCAGACGGGUUCGACACCUCGUCCUUCGGCGCGUACAUCUCGACGAUCAAAAAGUUCAAGUCCCCCGAGGACAAGGCGAAAUUCGCCGAGACCUAUCCCCCGCUGCUGAAGGCGAACAACGCCAAGUUCGGCGCCACGAUGAUCGCCAGGGUGCCCAUGCGAGGCGACGGGUCCGAUGCCUUGCUGUACUCCGAGAACUGCGAGGACAUGCACCUCGCGGUGCUCAUCGGCUUUCCCACGUACGAAGGCGCGGUUGCGUAUUUGUCGGAUCCAGAAUUUGGCGUGGCGCAAACCAAGUGCAGGCUGGACACGAUGGUCGGGCCCCUCGCGGUGGUCAAGGCGACGUCGCGGGCGGACGGACCGUUCCCGCAGUACAGCGGCGUGCCGCACGAGCGUUAG